AUGUCAAAAACGUAUAAAACUGCUAUUUGUAUAAUCCCCCCGGAAAAGUUUUGGGAAAAAAUUCAGAAUAUUCGUAGUAUACAUGACAAAGCAUACAAAAGAUGGAUGCCCCAUAUCAAUUUGAUUUAUCCAUUUGUGACAAAUGAAAAAGAAAAUUUUAAACAAAUGAAAGAAACAAUUGAACCUAUUCUUUUAAAAAAAUUUUCAAAACAACCACGAAUACAUAUUAAAUUUGACGAAAAUUCCUUUCAUUAUUUUAAUCAAAAGAACACCUGUACAUUUCAUUUAUCUCCGAAUUUCCCUGAGAAAAUUUUAGAAUUACAACAGUGUAUUGAAAAUAUUAUACCAACAUACAAUGAAUUAUCCAAAAAAUCAAAUGAUGGUUUCAAACCACAUCUAACACUUGGACAAGUAUCUUCUCACCAAAUAAAUAAAAUAUUAUCCGAUUUAAAAUCAGAUUGGAAAACAAUUGAAUUCGAUUUGGAUGAAGUGUAUUUUAUAAGUCGAGAAAAUGAUGAUGAUCCAUUUAUAAUUAAAGAAGUUUUACUAUUACAUAGCGAUCAAGAGACUCAGAUUGAAAUUCCAGUUGUUGAAGUGAUAAAUGAGCCUGUCAAAAAUAUUUUGACUAAUCAAUUUUUGCUAACAGUUAUACCACCGAGUGAAUUUUCUACAAAAAUUCAUCUUCUAUUCGAAAAUACUUCAUUUAAACCGUUAAAACCGUUUCAUCUGAUAAUCAAAAAGUUGUCAAACAAUGAUAUGAAUGAAGUACAAUCUAAAUUACAAUCGUUUCCAAAAUUCAAUAUCGAAUUUGAUAAAAACUCAAUGUGUUAUAAUUAUAAUACUGGUAAACUGUUUUUACGUCCAAAAUUAAAUGAUAAUAUUGUUUCAUUACAAAAAUUAGUAGACUAUGAUAAUCAAGGUGAAACAAUCGGCAUGUUAUUAGGAGAAAUCAAUAAAUUGGAUUUAACUGUUUUAGCAGAACAUUUUAAACAAAAUUGGACAAUAACCGAUUUUGAUGUUGAUCGUUUACAUAUAAUUGCUUCAGAUGGAAACGAACAAAAUAGUUAUCAUUUUACCGAUACGUUCAUAUUGAAACAAUGCAGUUUCUCUUGA